AUGCAAUUUGGCUUUGGCCCAAAUUCGCGAGCCAGUAUUGAGUACAGAAGUCUCCUUCGAGCGAUACUCCGAGAGGCAUCCUACUUGCCAGAUCCCAAUGCUCGCACCUUCUUCAAGGCAAAGGCCCUUGAACACAGCAAAAAACGAGCCUUUCGUGUCUGGGAUCGACGCAACGAUCCAAAUUACGCCGAACGCGAGGCAGGCCUGCUACAGCUCGAUCGUAAGAAACUCCGGAUGCUGCAGGAUGCAAAUGCUGGAGAACGCAAAUCACUGCUCCAGGUGCUCAGCCAUACGUACGGGAGGACUGGCUAUCGAAGACACGAGCUAUUGCAGCCACUCAUGGCCACCGCCGGGAGAGAGAAUUUGAUUCAAGCUAUGAAAGAGAAGACAGCGCGGACUAUCGCUCUCUAUGCUCUUGCCGAAUCGCAACAGCUGAAUCAACCGCCCGCGCUCACCCGCAGAAAUCCAAAGAGCCUCAAGCCGAGCGUCCCUGCCACCAAUGCGAGAGGGCUCCCAAUGCCUCAGAAGCGUGUGCACAAUCUGCAUCGCAAAUGGUAUGCCGACCUACUCGACCGCAUUUUGCCACCAUUGCCAACCAAGGACUGGGAACAGCUUCGAGAUUGGGCACGGGGCAAGAAUAUGCCCCAGAUCCAUGUUCCCCGACGCAGCAACCCACAGACACGACCCUUUGCACAUUUUGGGAAGUACACCGCAUUGGAAGCCAUUGUGAUCCAAGGACGCAUCGACAAAGAAGUGUACGGCAAUCGCAAAACGCAUCAGAUCACGGAGCGCUUCAUGCAACGGCUUUGGGCGGACGUCUUUUCCACUUGCCCCUACAUGAUCCACGACACUUCCACGAACAAGUGGCGGGUGAUAUGGGGCCAUCAGAACCUCGCUCAGUCCAUGUUGGCAGCCGCCAACGAAGUUGCCGACGAACUCAGCAUGCACGACCUCGUUGGAGGAUGA